CCAGCCUGGGUGAGACCCCCGCAAGGAACCCCCCCGAAGGAUUGGAUUUCUUCUAGCAAGCAUCCUUUGUGAUCCAGUGGCACAUCAGGACAGGGAGGUUUGUGGGCAGCUGGGCAGGGACGUUGGAUCAGGGCAGGGACAGGCAGAAGCCGUGCUGGGCACAGAGGUGGCUGAAAUGGCAGCGGGAAGGUGGCCUUAGAGGGCUCUGAACACCGGGAGCAGGACCCCAUGCAAGGCACCAGCACCAUGUUCAGUCGGUCAGGAUACCAGGCCCUUCCCUUGGGAGACUUUGACCGCUUCCAGCAGUCCAGCAUCGGGCUCUAUGGUGCCCAAAAGGGCUUCUUCUCCUUCGGAUCCAAGGAAGACUCUCUGGGACCGGCCAGGAAUACCACAGACACCUCCCAGGGCUGGCUGUCCUGGAUCUGCCAUGGGAUUAUCACCUCCUUGGUCUUCUUGCUGAUGGUUGUCACCUUCCCCAUCUCAGGAUGGUUUGCCUUGAAGAUCGUGCCCACCUACGAGCGAAUGAUCAUCUUCCGCCUGGGCCGCAUCCGGGCGCCACAGGGACCCGGCGUGGUCCUGCUGCUGCCCUUCAUCGAUCACUGGCAGCGAGUGGAUCUGAGGACGAGGGCCUUCAAUGUGCCCCCCUGCAAGCUGACCUCCAAGGAUGGGGCAGUCAUCUCCAUGGGUGCCGACAUCCAAUUCCGGGUGUGGGACCCCGUGUUGUCUGUCAUGAUGGUGAAGGACCUCAUCGCAGCCACCCGGAUGAUGGCACAGAACGCCAUGACCAAGACCUUGGUAAAGAAGAGCCUCCGUGAGAUCCAGAUGGAGAAGCUGAGGAUCGGGGAGCAGUUGCUGCUGGAGAUUAACAACAUGACCAAGUCCUGGGGCCUAGAGGUGGACCGGGUGGAGCUGAGCAUGGAGGCUGUGCUGCAGCCACCCCGGGAGAGCCUGGUGGGCCCUCUGGCCACCAUGCCACCCGUGCCUGGGCUGGAGGGGCUGGAUGGCACCAUUCAGCAGCUGGCUGCCCAUCUCUUCAGCAGCACCCUGGCUCUGGCAGGCAGUGGGACCAAUGCUCCAGAGGCAGAUAGUGUGGAGACAGUGAAUGAGGUGGAGCCUCCCACCGCUCCCCUCCUCACAACCCCGAGCAGUGCCUGGAGGAAGCCCAGUGCAGAUGAGCUGUUCUCAGCAGUGGAGCCUGUCCUGUCUGAGGCCCUGGUCAACCAGGUGGGAGCAUCCUACCAGGUCAACAUCACCCUGCCCAGCGGCGCCCAGAGCACCUACUUCAUAGACCUCUCCUCAGGCAGCGGGUGGGCUGGCCGCAGCAUGCCUGAGGGCAGCCCCGAUGUCAUUCUGGAGGUGGCAGAGAAAGACCUGCAGGACCUCUUCUUAGGUGACCUGCGCCCCUUGAGUGCCUACAUGAGCGGGAGGCUGCAGGUGAAAGGUGACCUGCAUCUGGCCCUGAAGCUGGAGGAGCUCGUCAAGGCGAUGAAGCAGCGUAGAUAGAGCAUGCGUGUGGUUGUGUGUCUGUGUGCAUGUGUCUUUGUAGGUGUGCGAAGGCGGGGGUACACAUAGAGGUGUUGUGCAGUGGGGGCCUUGCCCUGCUGGACCUCCUGCUGCCCUCCCUGUGGAGGCUGCAGGAACUGGGUGAAGACCUGAGCAGGGAAACUGAGGCUGAGCUCCAUUGCCUGUCCUUGUCCUUGGCUUUACCUCCCCUGCCCAUCCUUCUCUUAUGAUGUUACGGGAUGGGAACCAGUUGGUACCCCAGCAUGUGCCAGUUUGCUCUCAGGCCCCAUGGCCAGUGUGCCACCAGGGCACGGGGCGAUGUCCUGAUGCCCUGACAACAGGCUGCAUGGCCAGGCAUCUCAGACUGGAAGGGACAUGAGCUGAGCAGAAUGGAUAGAGAAGAGCAUGGGGACACUGUGGCCAAGGACGGUAGUCAUGGGCUGGGGUGGGCAGCCAAAGCGGGGCACGAGGGCUGGCUGGACCAGGCUGGGAUGCCACCAGCGGGCUGGAGUUGGGGUCCAGCAUGGCACUGAUAAUGGGAUACUGGCACUUAUAGGGAAGGAGCAGAGAUGGCAUUUUGGGGAACGACCUGUCUGGAGGUACCUGAGCCUUCCCGACACAUUGGUUUGUAAUAAGUGAUUGCGCUUAUUUGUGCUUCAAAGUGCUUUUGCAUGCGUGCUGUGAGGUCUGUCCACGGGGGUGUGUGGACUGUAUAUAGCCAUAUAUAGAUAUUUAUUUAUUUUGUAAGCUUCCUUUCUAUCAACUUUUGAUGGACAAUAAACCUGGUCUGCAGCCUU